CCCUCCCUCCCUCCCUCCCCUUCCUCCAUUAUUACCAGCUCUCUCCACUCCCUUAAUUCUUCCCCCCACCUCAAUCUCUUUCUUUCUUUUCUUACCUUGUAAUCAUCAUCAUCAUCGUCAUACAGAAACCUGUCCUCUCCCAAUCAUGGAGGAAGAAGGCGGCGCGGGGUUUGGGUACGGAAGGAACAACCCCGUUGUCAUGAAUUCCUCCUCUUCCUCUACGACGGUUUACCGGACAAUUACUCCGCCACCGCUCACCGCCAUCGACAGGUUCUUGUGGGGGGCCCAGGCCCGAGGCGGCAGCAGUAGCAGCAACAACAGUAUCAAUCAGCAAACCCAUUUCCCACAGCAGCAACUGAUCACCACCACAACAAAAGAAGCGCCGCCGCUCAACGGGUUUCUUUACGGCUACAGUGAUAAUAAUAACAACAACAAUUCGUCGAAUCCGUCGUCUUUUUUGUCACCGGCUGGGUUCCCUUGGUUGGCUGCCAUGAGCUUCGGAGAUGAGGACUGCGGGGGGCUGGGGAUUGACUGGAUGAUGCUCGGCAGUACCCACGAUGAUGGCGGCGUCGUUGCUAAGGCGGGUGGCGACGAGGAAGGGGGAAAAGGCGUCGGAGGCAAGAAGGCGGGGAAGAAGCAGCCGUCGUCGGCUUCUGCCGCUUUGAUCAAAGGCCAGUGGACUGAAGAAGAAGAUAGGAAGCUGAUAAGGCUGGUGAAGCAAUUCGGGAUAAGGAAAUGGGCGCAGAUAGCUGAGAGGCUUGCUGGGAGGGCUGGCAAGCAGUGCAGGGAGAGGUGGCACAACCAUUUGCGUCCCGAUAUCAAGAAGGACGGUUGGAGUGAAGAGGAAGAGCGGAUACUAGUAGACGCCCAUGCAAAGAUAGGGAACCGGUGGGCAGAAAUCGCCAAGCUGAUUCAGGGAAGGACUGAGAACGCCAUCAAGAACCACUGGAACGCCACCAAGCGCCGCCAGAACUCACGCCGGAAGCAAACCUCCGCCAAGUCAUCAACGCCACCCGACAACGACAGCAACAACAAUAAUGGCAAAACUCAGUCGUCCUCCUCAUCCAUCCUCCAAGACUACAUCCGCAGCAAAACCCUGGAACUCGCCCAAACCACUGUGGUCGGCGCUAGUAGCAGUAGUACAUCCUCCGCUGGCGCGGCCGACGGUUCCCUCCUCCCCUCCCUGUCCGAGUCAGCAGCAUCAGACGACUCCACCACUCUCAUCACCCACACCUACGACGACGAGCUCCUCUUCAUGCAGAACCUGUUUGCCAGCAAGGAGCCUUCCCCUUCCCCUUCCCCGUCGGUAAUAACUCUCUAUGAUCAUGGCAAUGCCGUCGUUUCUGCCCACGAUGACGUGGACGGUGCAGAGAUGAAGUCUUAUAGUGUUGCUGCUGCCGCUGCCAUGGAGAGUAGUAACGGCCGCCACCUUUAUGCGGACCUGUACCUAUACGAUCUGUUGAACGCGGGAGCCACGUAUGCAUCCAGCUCGACCUCGCCUUCUUCGUUGGUUGCUGACGUGGGAUACGGUGGAGUGGGAGUGGAGAACGGUGCCGGUGAGGGGAAGAAGGAGAUGGACUUGAUUGAGAUGCUUUCUUUUACUUCUGGCUCGAAUAGGUAGCUUUUGAUGACUCGGAUGCUGACUCAGCAGAUGGGUUGUUGUCGUGGGGGAAUAGUGCUGUUGUUGGGUUUUUCUUAACUUCAAUUAGCUGAUGAUUGGAAAUUUGCAAAGAUUUUAGGGUUUGUUUGCUGUUGAAACCCGGUCAGGGCAGGGGAACUCGUUUGACAGACUGUUGGUUUCCGUUGGAUUUUAACCGUUUGGAUAAGUGCAUCUUGGUGUGGAGUGUGGACAUAUUAACGACGAAAUGGUGGGGAAAGGUUUUUUGGUCGGUGAAGAAGAUGAGAAUGACAUGGUUGGUUAUGCCGACAAGUGGUGUGUGUAGCUAGGGUUUCACUGCUCUGUUUGGGUUUCUCAUCUUACGGCUUUCAAGAUGUUUUGUCAUUUAGUCUUCUCUUUGUCUAACAACUUCUGACUCAACUUUUUUCCUUUUCUCCCCUUGGACCUUCUUAUCACUUGACCGACUUGGAUGGGUUUGUGUAGAUAUUUUUGUGACAAACAAUUUCAAUGACAAAUGUACUGUUGAUCAAUGGAGUUUCUAAAUUUCUCCAACAAUAUUAAUGACGAUCUUUUCUUGGCUACUUAUUUCUCGUAGUUAGAUUUUGAUUACUUUCUAUUUCAGCAAGGGAAGGAAAAAUUAUAAUUUUUACAUAUAUAUUGAGCCGUUUAUCUCUAAUUUUGGUAUAAGAUCAUACUUAAUUUAUUCAGAAUGAACUUAAAAGUAUUGA